AUGGCCGUGUUAAAGCCUCUCAAGAGCGGCUACUAUGUUUGGCACUAUGUACCUUCCUUGCCUGCAUCUGUAGUUUUCAUCAUUCUCUUCCUGUUUAUCACGGCCGCGCAUGGAUACAAACUGUACAAGUUCAGACUGUGGUUCUGUAUUCCAUUUCUCGUGGGCGGUCUUAUGGAAGUCAUAGGCUAUAUCGCGAGAGCCAAAGCCGAGAACGAAACCGACAAGCUCAUGCCGUACAUCGUCCAAAGUACCUUCACGCUCUUACCUCCUGUUCUUUUCGCUGCUUCGAUCUAUAUGGUCCUCGGCCGAAUCAUUCGCGCUGCCCGUGGAGAGCAAUACAGCCUCAUUCGCGUGGCCAGACUGACAAAGACUUUUGUCUGGGGCGACGUGGUCUCAUUCUUCAUACAAGGCAGCGGCGCUGGACUCAUGGCUCAAGGCGCUAGCUUGUCUUCGACUGGGCAAUGGAUCGUAAUCGGCGGCUUGUUGGUACAAAUCAUCAUGUUUGGCUUAUUUGGCAUGAUCGCCAUGGUCUUUCAUUACCGGUACACACGGUAUAGCGUCAGCGCGAUGGCAUACUCUGGCUCGAACUGGCUGGGAAGCUUGUACAUGCUCUAUGGCGUGAGCUUGUUAAUCAUGGUCCGAAGCAUCUUCCGCGUGGUUGAGUUUGUCAUGGGGAAUGAUGGCUAUCCGAUGAAGAAUGAGUGGACACUGUACAUCUUUGAUGCUGUGCCGAUGUUCAUUGUUAUGGUUGUCUUCUAUUUCUGGUAUCCAAGUAAGCUACAACCGCUUAACCAGGACACUGAGCGCGUCAAUUCUGCAGAGGGAUUGGACUCAACUGAUGGCGUUGUCCAACUGUAUAUGGGGGACCGUCAAGUUGGCCAGAAGGAUUGA